AUGGAGUUGGGCAAUCGGCAACUUAACUGUUUCACUCAGGUUGCUAAAGCAAGCAAAAGGAAUGCUGGGUUUGCUUCUAUUCUGCAGACAUGGUAUUUCAUGCUGUCCGGGGGAGCCGGCCCAGAGGACGCGGGGCUGAGCCCUGGGGGUGAACCCGGGGAAGGAAAGAGGAAGAGGGAGGGUGAAGAGCGGCUCUGCGCGCAAGGACAGAAGAAGCUAAAGAAGAAACAACAGCCUCGCAGCUUCUCUGAAGAAAGGGCAGCUACUGAGGAGGCAGCAGAUGGCAGCACUCCCUCGAAGAAGAAAGAAAAUAGAAGGAAAUCAAAAGUGCCUCAGGAGAGGACUGAAGCAGAUUCUGAACAGGAAGACAGAAGCAACCUUAAAAAUAAGUCUUCUAAAAGGAAGAAGAGGGAUGAGGAAACAGAGGAAGCUGAAACACGGAAGAAAGAGAACAGUGAAAGAGCUGAAGAAAAUCAAAGCACAAAGGAUGAGCUGUCCUUAGCAGCCUCAGAGGAAGAGGCAAAUCCUCCACCCUCCAGUUUGAUGGUUCUUGGAGACUAUGACAGAAAGCCAGUGCAGAAGGUUCAGCCAUUCAUACCACAGUGGCUUGCUCAACCCAAACUAGUGCAAAAACGUAUCAAAGAUAAUCUAGUUCCAAUCAGGGAUGUUCCAGGAAUUCAUCCCAGGCUGUUGAAAAAGCUGCAAAUGAAUGGGAUAGAGUCAUUUUUUCCAGUUCAAGCAGAGGUGAUUCCUGCUAUUCUACAGAGUGCAUCCAAUGGGUAUUUGAUGGGGCAGGGAGGAUACCGCCCCAAAGACAUCUGUGUCUCAGCACCUACUGGCAGUGGUAAAACCCUGUCUUUUGUCAUACCCAUAGUACAGGUUCUGCUAGAUCGAGUAGUUUGCCAAGUGCGAGCUCUGGUUGUUCUGCCCACCAAAGAACUGGCACAACAGGUGAGUAAAGUGUUCAACAUUUACACUGACGGGACAGGUCUGAAGGUCGUUUUGAUUACUGGCCAGAAAUCUUUUGCAAAGGAGCAGGAGAUGCUUGUCCAGAAAAAAGUGACAGGCUACUGCAGCCUGGCUGAUAUUAUUGUGGCUACACCAGGGCGGCUCACAGAUCACAUUAGCCAGACCCCGGGGUUCAGCCUGACACAGCUUCGCUUCCUGAUUGUAGAUGAAGCUGAUCGUAUGAUCGAUGACAUGCACCAGAACUGUCUGAACCAAAUCGUCAAAGCUGCAUUCCAAGUAGAAAAUGACUCUGGCUCCAACAUGCUUUUUCAGAGGACCAAACCAGGGCCUGUAACAGCAGCCAGCUCCUGCUAUCCUCAGAUGCCAUUACAGAAACUGUUGUUUUCAGCCACACUGACCCAGGACCCAGAGAAACUGCAGCAGCUGGACUUAUUCCAGCCUCGCCUCUUCACAUCUGUCUAUUCUGAGAAAAAAACACUUGGAGAUGGAACAGAGACUGAACAAGAUACUAAUAAGAAGUAUACGCUCCCCGAGGGGCUAUCGCAAUGCUAUGUGCCUUGUGACUUGAAUUCCAAGCCUUUGCUCCUCUUGCAUUUCAUGCUGACAAUGAAAUUUACCCGCGUGUUGUGCUUUACCAACUCCAGGGAAGCUUCUCACAGAUUGUUCCUGCUGGUUCAAGCCUUUGGUAGAGUUGCUGUGGCUGAAUUUUCUUCUCGGUUACCUCCAAAUGAGAGACAGAGAACCAUGAAGGAAUUUGAACAAGGAAAAAUACAACUGUUAAUCAGCACAGAUGCCACUGCACGAGGGAUUGACGUUAAAGGAGUGAAUUAUGUAAUAAACUAUGAUGCACCUCAGUUCAUCAGGACAUAUAUUCACCGAGUUGGAAGAACGGCUCGUGCAGGAAAAAUGGGUGUCGCUUUCAGUUUGGUCCUUAGAAUUCAGGAACGUAGGUUUCUGCGGAUGUUGAAGGAUGCUGGCAUCCAAGACAUAAAGAAGCACCCGGUGAAGGGCAACUCAUUAAAGCCGUUGUUGCAGCAAUAUGAGGAAGCGCUGUGUAAGCUUGAGAAGACAGUCAAGAAUGAGCGAGCACAGAAACGAGCCUGAAUGAAUGGAAGCUGAGAAGGUCGUGUUUUGUGACACUGAAGCUGCUGAGCGGGAUAGGUCAUGGACUAUUACCCAGCACAGUGACAAUGAGACAUGGUCCCUGGAUGGAGCUGCUCAACCUUAGCGUAUCUGAAGUCAGCUAUUAGAGGCCUCGUUCCCCUUUUGAGGACCCUGCAAAGAGAGUUCAGCUACGGUUUUUAAAGGAAAAUAAUAAUUCUGAGAUGCAAAGUCCUGCAUUGUAUCCUACUGGCAUGUGUAAAACUAUCACAGCUCUCGAGCAUGGGCCUGCUGGAACUGCUGGUCUUUCGAGGUGAGGGCUGUGCCCUUCUCGCCUCCAAACUGGGACAGCUGAUGGUUCUCUCUCACUGCACCGGCAGCUGUAUCUGCAAACGCAUAAACACCUAUACAGUAUACAGUGCCUCUAGCAGAAUUGUGUUUGGAGAGCUGCUCUAGGCUGCAGUGACUGCAACUUUUAAAUAAAUACUAUAUAUAUUUUUAAAACUGUGUCUCAUAAAGAUUCCUGGGUACAGGGAUGGAGAUAGUGUUGAAGGGGUUUUUCACUUCUCUAGUCUUGUGCCUUUCUUGUCAUUUUCUUGCCUAUGUUGUUUACUUCCACCAUUCAGUACCAGUGGUAACAGCAGGUAUAAGUGUUAGGCUUAAUGCAGAGUAAAAUGUCUGAUGUCUAAUAUGAAUAUACUGGAGUCAGCUAGCAUCGCUGCA